AUGCCUGUCGGCUCUCCAAUCUCGUCGCCGGCGGCAGGCCCGCAUGGCGCGCUGCUCGAUGGCAGCCUGCUCAGCCAUUCCAACGGCCAGGCCGCUCGCUUAACGCUUAAGGCUGAUUGGCUAGACGAGCGGUCUACCUCCAACGGGGCGGUCUGGCAACGCGUGGAUCCGGCCCGCCUCGGCGGGUUACGGUUUAGCGCGACGAUCGGGGGAGCUCUGAUCGCCGUACUCACCGGGACGCUGGUGAGGGCUUUCCCGAGCAUGGCGCCGCGCGCAGCGAAGCAGUUGCUGCGCCUCCACGCGCCCGUGGCCCUCGCCGAAGCGGCGUCGCCGGCUGCGGCGGGCGCGCUGCUCGAGGCGCUCGCCAAGCACGUGCUGUAUAUCCACGGCCAGAUCCCAGGGCCGUACGACGCCCUCGCGGCAGAGGCGCUCGGCCCAUCCGGGCCGGCACCGGGCCGCUGCCGCAAGGCCUCGCGCCGGCGGACAAUGCUUCGCCGAACGCGUAAGCUGGUCGCCUCCUUUAACCUCCUCUUUGGCGCCCUGCCUCGCGCCCUCGCCGCCGUCCAGCCUCCCGGCAGCGCACACGGCGGCAGCCCGCCGCUGGUGGCUGCGCUCGUCCUCGGCGGCUCGCUGGCGUCGCCGCGAGCCGUCUUCCUGGUCCGAGGCCACGCGGGCCCGACCGCCGCCGCGCCUUCCGCUGCAGAGCUGCGCGGCUUGCAGCGCCGUCUCGUGAGAGAGCUCGUCCGGGUGUGCGGCGAUCUCGCCAGCCUCCGACUCGGCCUCUGCCGGCUGCAUCUGCUGCUGCAGGCGCCUCGUGCCGCACCGCUGCCGAGCCCGUUCCGCCCACGGCCUGCGUUGCGGCUCAAGCUGCGCCGCGCUCACGCCUGCUUUGUCGAGCUCGGCGCGCCGCCUGCGGAGGCCGGCUCAGCCUCCCUCGACGAGGCUUUGGGCUGGUGCGACGCGCCAGUGGACGGCAUCGACCCCGCCUCCCCGCCCACCUCCGCCGCCGCCGCCGCCGCAGUGCGGAGCGAGCAGAUUUGGUUCCACGCCAUGGGCGCUUCGCUGCGCGGCUUCUCGAUCUGA